AUGUAUACACACAUACGCAUAUAUACGCAUGUAUACAUACGCAUAUAUACGCAUGUAUACACACAUACGCAUAUAUACGCAUGUAUACAUACGCAUAUAUACACAUGUAUACAUACGCAUAUAUACGCAUGUAUACAUACGCAUAUAUACACACAUAUAUAUAUAUAUUACACAUACGCAUACAUACACAUAUAUAUAUAUAUAUACACAUACGCAUACAUACACAUAUAUAUAUAUAUAUACACAUACGCAUACAUACACAUAUAUAUAUAUAUA